AUGGCUCUUUCAAGAAACUCUAUUCGUUUUCUUUCUGAUAAAGCAGCAAGAUUUGUUCCAAAAACCGGGACAUACCCAAAAGGGUUCCUAGUGGGUGGAAUCCAUUGUGGAGUAAAGAAAGAUGGGAAAUCUUUGGAUUUGGCCAUGUUGAGUAACGAACAUAGUAACGAAGCUGUUGCUGCCGGUGUUUUCACCAAGAACAAAUUCAAGGCUGCACCUGUCCAAGUCUCUUCCAGGAUUUUGAAAGAGAAGAAAGGAGAAGGUAUAAACUCAUUGAUCAUUAAUAGUGGGAACGCCAAUGCCGUUACUGGCUCUCAAGGUAUUAAGGAUGCUAAUGAUAUGGUUACCGUAACGGACUCUGUGCUCAAGAACCCCCACAACUCUUCUCUUGUUAUGUCUACUGGGGUUAUUGGUAAUAACUUACCAAUUGAUAACAUUCUUGGAGGUAUUCCAAAAUUAGCAUUGGACAAUUUGGGUAACACCCACGAUCAUUGGAUCAAAUGUGCUGAAGCCAUUUGUACGACUGAUACUUUCCCUAAGUUAGUGAGCAAACAGUUUGAAAUAAAUGGUGUCACUUAUCGUUUGGCUGGUUUAGCAAAAGGUGCUGGUAUGAUUUGUCCUAAUAUGGCUACCCUUUUAGGAUUUUUCGUCACCGAUGCUCCUGUCACAUCUUCAGCAUUGAAUCAGAUUGUCAAGUAUGCCGUUGAUCGCUCAUUUAAUAGUAUUUCUGUUGAUGGUGAUAUGUCUACUAAUGAUACUAUAGUAGCAAUUGCAAAUGGGGCUGCCGGUGGUGAAGUCAUUGAUAAUUCAUCAUCAAGUGCUGAAUCAUUUGUCAUUUUACAAAAUGAAAUCACUUCUUUCGCUCAACAAUUGGCCCAGUUAGUUGUCCGCGAUGGAGAAGGAGCAACUAAAUUCAUUACUAUCAAAGUUAAGGAUGCCUUAUCUUAUAAUGACGGUAAGAAAAUUGCAUCGUCUAUCGCUAAUUCAUCGUUGUUUAAGACUGCCAUGUAUGGUAAAGACGCUAAUUGGGGACGUAUCUUAUGUGCAAUUGGUUAUUCAAACGUUGCUUCUGAUCACUCCAUCAACCCCAAUAAAACUAGUGUUUCCUUCAUUCCUAGCGAUGGUUCUGAAAAGUUAAACUUAUUGGUUGAGGGAGAACCAGAAACCGUUGAUGAACAAAGAGCAUCUGAAAUUUUACAGCAUGAAGAUUUAGAAAUCGAAGUAAAUUUAGGUACUGGUGGCGGCCAAGAAGCCACUUUCUGGACUUGUGAUUUAACACAUGAAUACGUCACUAUCAACGGUGAUUAUAGAUCUUAA